GCAAGGUCAACUGGUAAAACUGGUGACACGUCAAGGAAACAGCAAACAAGAUGGUUGGGUUUUCGUUAGCCAUUAUUAUUUUAUUGUCAACAAAGUUGAUACAGGCGACACCUCCCGGUAACCGGGACGACCUCCAGGAUCAGGAGAUAACCGAAAUAAAGAAGAUGAUGGUGUUACAGUCAGAGUUGAUCCAAUCACAGGCAGAGAUGUUGCAGGAGUAUGGAAAACGAAUAGCUUCACUGGAAAAAGAAAACAAUGACCUUGUCAAACGCACAGAGAAAUUGCAAACCGCUAAUGAAAUAAUGGAAUCUAGACUAAGCGAUCUGAAGCAAGUACACUUGGACACCUGCCCUGCGGAGGAUGUACACGUCACAACCGGGCAAUCGACAGAAGAGAUCGAGGAUCAGGAGAACGGUCAACCUCAGUCACCAGGAAAUCAAGAUGAAGUUGUAGAUUCUAAAACUAUUCUAGCUUCAACUGAAACUGACGGCAAACUAUCGCGGAUACGGAGAGUAGCUAAUGUACCCGGAAGUAAGUGUUAA